GUCUCAUCCACUUGAUCUCUCACUUCUCUUCCUCAAAAUCGGACAUUCAAACUCUUGUCAACUUCACUGGACAUACAAAUCCAAACACUUUGUCUCUGUUUUUUUUUUUACAUUUGAAGGUUUUAACUAAUGCUCCAAAGUACACUUCCAGCCAUCACGAGCAUCAAGGUUCAGUGGUUUGCGGAGGAUUAUGACACAACCUCCUACCUUAAUCAAAGCAUUCGUGUCAGAAAGACAACUAAAAUGAUGAAAAUGGUUUCUCUCUGUGACAUAAACCAUGGGGUUGUGCCCAAAUCUUCAACUGAUUUGCGUGUGAAACCAAGAAUCACAAGAGGAGUUAUAAUCACAAGGUUACCGGUGUUUGAUUCAAAUGAACGGACGAAUCUGAAUGCUAAAAGAAAAAGAAACCUCAGAGUUGGGGCAAUCGUUUGUAAGAGCUAUGGAGAUACAUCAAAACUGUAUCAAGAAGAGGAGAUUCCCAAAGCUACACUGAUAUGGAGAGCAGUCAAACUGCCCAUUUACUCUGUCGCUUUGGUUCCUCUUACAGUUGGUGCUUCAGCGGCCUAUUUGGAGACUGGUUUAGUCCUAGUUAAACGUUAUGUUACUCUAAUGCUCUCAUCAGUACUUAUCAUUACUUGGCUCAACUUAAGCAAUGAUGUUUAUGAUUUUGACACCGGAGCUGAUGAGAACAAAAAGGAAUCCGUAGUGAAUAUGGUUGGAAGCCGCGCAGGAACCUUCGCAGCCGCAAUCACAUCUCUUGUGCUCGGUGUUUCUGGUUUAAUUUGGAUAUCUUGGACAGCAAGUAAUAUCCGUGCAAUACUAUUGCUUGCCUCAGCUAUCUUAUGCGGCUAUGUAUACCAGUGUCCGCCAUUUCGGUUAAGUUACCAAGGAUUAGGUGAGCCUCUAUGCUUUGCAGCAUUUGGUCCAUUUGCAACGACUGCUUUCUAUCUACUUCUUGGUGGCUCAAGCGAGAUGAGGCAUCUACCGUUGAGCAGUAGGGUCCUUUCAUCAUCAAUUCUUGUUGGUUUUACCACAUCUCUCAUCCUUUUCUGCAGCCAUUUUCAUCAGGUUGAAGGAGAUUUAGCUGUGGGGAAAUUUUCACCUCUGGUCCGGUUAGGGACUGAAAAUGGAGCCUUUGUGGUGAGAUGGGCUAUUCGUUUGCUAUAUUUGAUGCUUCUUGUUCUUGGUUUAACCAAGAUUUUGCCAGUAACUUGCACAUUGUUGUGUUUCCUGACAUUACCAGUUGGGAAUUUAGUUUCAAGCUAUGUCGAAAAGCACCAUAAGGAGAAUGAGAAGAUAUUCAUGGCUAAGUAUUAUUGUGUGAGACUCCACGCUUUGUUUGGAGCCGCUUUGUCGUUGGGACUCGUUAUUGCUCGCUAGAUUUCACUUCGUCGUUUGGCCUUGUUGCAUCUGAAUAUGUUUACUUUAUUUCAAAUGCUAAAAUCGAACAGUUUAAAGCUAUAAAGAUAUUCGAUAAUUAACACAUUAAUCUUUUUUUUAAAGGUCUUCAUUGUUUGGGUU